UUGAUAGGGAGCUGUAACACACAUCAGCAAAGAGAGAGAGAGAGAGAGAGAGAGUGAGUGACCGCGAUGAUGCCAAUGGCCGAGGGAACUCUGACGUUCCCAGUGAUGUUUCCUAGUUCCUGACUCCACUGACACACAACCUGUCCAGCAGCAUCCAUUCAUACGUCGGGCCGUCCAUCCAUUAUCUGAGCAGUCCAUCCCUGGCCACAACACAGAUAAUCCCACAGAGAGCCCACGGUAGGCAGGAAUGCUCCAGUGAAAACGCUCGCUGAACUCCCCUCAUGGAUCGAGGAACGGGCACAAAGAAGGGCUCCUUCAAGCGUGGGUCAAUCAAGCGCACUACAUCCGGGUCUCAGAGGGCACAAAAAGCAUGGAUUGAGAGAACCUUCUAUAAGAGAGAAUGCGUCCACGUGUUCCCAACCAGAGACCCAACCAGGUGUGGAUGUGGUCAGCUGAUCGCCCAGCACGUGGCCCUCCCCCCGGGCGCCAUCCCCAAGCCCCCGGAUGAUGGGACGCAGCUGGUGCAGCUGCCCCAGGAGAAGUGGACCGUGCAGAAGCACACCUUGACCUUCCCCACAGACGCCUAUGGCUGCAUCGAGUUUCAGGGAGGAGGCUUCAUUAACAAGGCCAUGUACAUCCGUGUCUCCCACGACACCAAGCCGGACAACCUGCUGCACCUGAUGGUGCGGGAGUGGCAGCUGGAGCUGCCCACACUGCUCAUCUCCGUCCAUGGCGGCCUGCAGAACUUCGACAUGCAGCCCAAACUCAAGCAGGUGUUCGGCAAGGGCCUCAUCAAGGCCGCUGUCACCACUGGCGCCUGGAUCUUCACUGGAGGAGUCAGCACAGGUGUGAUCCGACAUGUGGGUGAUGCCUUGAAGGACCAUUCCUCAAAGUCCAGAGGAAAGGUGUGUGCCAUCGGCAUAGCCCCCUGGGGAAUCCUGGAAAACAAAGAGGACCUCCUUGGCAAAGAUGUGACAAAGCCAUACCAGGCCAUGUCCAACCCCCUCAGCAAGCUGGCUGUGCUCAACAACAGCCACUCGCACUUCAUCUUGACGGACAACGGCACAUGGGGGAAGUACGGUGCCGAGGUGAAGCUCCGUCGGCAGCUGGAGAAGCACAUCUCUCUUCAGAAGAUUAACACCCGGCUGGGCCAGGGGGUACCUCUAGUGUGUCUGAUCGUGGAGGGUGGUCCAAACGUGAUCUCCAUCGCGCUGGAGAGUCUGCGAGAGGAUCCACCCGUGCCUGUAGUGGUGUGUGAUGGCAGUGGACGAGCCUCCGACAUCGUCUCCUAUGCACACAAGUACACUGAGGAGGGAGGGCUGAUCACUGAAGAUGCCAGAGACCAGCUGCUGGUCACCAUCCAGAAGACCUUCAACUACACCAAGAGCCAGUCCCAGCAGAUCCUCCUCAUGGUAAUGGAGUGCAUGAAGAAGAGGGAGCUGAUCACAGUGUUUCGCUUGGGUUCGGAGGGCCAGCAGGACAUUGAGAUGGCCAUUCUCACAGCUCUGCUCAAAGGCACCAAUGCCUCUGCCCCAGACCAGUUGAGUCUGGCGCUUGCCUGGAACAGGGUGGAUAUUGCACGCAAUCAGAUUUUCGUCUAUGGACAUAACCUCCCACCUGCCAGUGCGCUAGCAUGUGUGAACACCGCUCCCCAGGAGAAGCCCAAGAGCCCCCAGGUCAAGACCAAGGGCCGGGGCAAGAGGGGCAAAGGAGGGAAGACCAAGAAGCCUGAGCCCCCUGAGGAGACUGACCCCAGGAAACUGGAACUGCUCAACUGGGUGAACUCACUGGAGCAGGCCAUGAUGGACGCUCUGGUACUGGACAGGGUGGAUUUUGUGAAGCUCCUGAUUGAAAACGGAGUAAACAUCCACCACUUCCUCACCAUUCCGAGGCUAGAGGAGCUCUACAACACAAGACUGGGACCUCCAAACACAUUGCAUGCGAUUGUAAGAGAUGUUAAAAAGGGGAACCUCCCCCCAGAUUACAACAUCACUUUGAUUGACAUUGGAUUAGUGGUGGAGUAUCUGAUGGGCGGGGCAUAUCGUUGCAAAUACACCCGAAAGGGCUUCCGUGCCCUCUACAACCUCCUUUAUGGGCUCAAACGGCCAAAGGCCCUCAAACUCCUGGGAAUGGAGGAUGACGAACCAAGAGGUAAAGGUAAGAAAAAGGCCAAGAAGAAGAAAGAGGAUGAGUUGGAGAUCGAUGUGGACGACCCAGAGGUCAGCCGCUUUCCGUUCCCAUUCCACGAGCUGAUGGUGUGGGCAGUGCUGAUGAAGCGCCAGAAGAUGGCGCUGUUCCUGUGGCAGAGGGGGGAGGAGGCCAUGGCCAAGGCGCUAGUGGCCUGUAAGCUGUAUAAAGGCAUGGCCCACGAGUGCUCCGCGAGUGAACUGGUGGACGACAUCUCUCAGAACCUUGAUAACAACUCCAAGGAGUUUGGGCAGCUGGCGUACGAGCUGCUGGACCAGUCCUACAAGCACGACGAGCAGAUAGCCAUGAAGCUACUCACCUACGAGCUGAGGAACUGGAGCAACUCCACCUGCCUGAAGCUGGCCGUGGCCGCCAAGCACCGCGACUUCAUCGCGCACACCUGCAGCCAGAUGCUCCUCACCGACAUGUGGAUGGGCACGCUCCGGAUGGGCAAGAACCCGGGCAUCAAGGUGAUCUUCGGGAUCAUCUUCCCCCCAUCCAUUCUGCUGCUGGACUUCCGGAUCGGAGAUGACGUCUCCCACCAUGGCUCUGGGGAACAGGACAAGGACAAGGAUGACGAGAACAAAUCCGGCAAGGAUGCUGACACGGUGUCCAAGAAAGACGAAGAAGAUGGCAGCAAACAUGUGAGAAGGAUCCCCAUCGGGAAGAAGAUCUAUGAGUUCUACAAUGCCCCUUUCACCAAGUUCUGGUUCAACACUAUAGCCUACCUUGCCUACUUGAUGCUGUACAACUACAUCAUCCUGGUGAAGAUGGAGCGAUGGCCGUGUUUACAGGAGUGGAUCGUCAUCUCUUACAUCAUCACUCUGGGACUGGAGAAAGUCAGACAGAUCCUGAUGUCGGAGCCGGGGAAGCUGAAGCAGAAGAUUAACGUGUGGCUGGAAGACUACUGGAACGUCACAGACCUGUUUGCCAUCUCCACCUUCCUGAUCGGCCUGCUGAUGCGGCUUCAGAGUGAACCCUACUUGGGUUAUGGCCGCGUCGUCUACUGUGUCGACAUCAUCUUCUGGUACAUCAGGGUCCUUGACAUCUUCGGAGUCAACAAAUACCUGGGCCCUUACGUCAUGAUGAUCGGGAAAAUGAUGAUUGACAUGCUGUACUUCGUGGUGAUCAUGCUGGUGGUGCUGAUGAGUUUUGGGGUGGCGCGUCAGGCCAUCCUGCACCCGGACGAGGAGCCCACCUGGCGGUUGGCCAGGAACAUCUUCUACAUGCCCUACUGGAUGAUCUAUGGGGAGGUGUUUGCGGACUCGAUUGACCGUAAGACUAAAAUUGAUAUCUACGCAAUGGAAAUAAACCCCCCCUGUGGAGAUAACCUCUAUGAUGAGGAUGGGAAGAAGCUCCCUCCUUGUAUCCCCGGAGCCUGGCUGACCCCCGCCAUCAUGGCCUGCUACCUACUGGUGGCCAACAUCCUUCUGGUCAACUUACUCAUUGCUGUGUUCAAUAACACGUUCUUCGAGGUGAAAUCCAUCUCCAAUCAGGUGUGGAAGUUUCAGCGCUACCAGCUGAUCAUGACCUUCCACGACCGGCCCAUCAUGCCGCCUCCCCUCAUCUUCCUCAGCCACCUCUACAUCUUCUUCAAGAGGGUCUGCUGCCGCCGCUGCAACAAGAAGCAGGAGGGGGAGCUAGACGAGAAGGACAAGGGCCUCAAGCUGAUCCUGGUCGGUGAAGAGCUAAAGACCCUGUAUGAGUUUGAGGAGCAAUGCUUGGAUGAGUACUUCCGGGAGAAGGAUGACGAACAGCAGUCCUCAAACGAUGAGCGAAUUAAGGUCACUCAUGAAAGGGUGGAGGACAUGUCCAUGCGUCUGGAGGAGGUGAACGAGCGGGAGAACACCAUGAAGGCCACGCUGCAGACAGUGGACCUGCGCCUGGCCCAGCUGGAGGAUAUCCAUGGGCGCAUGAUGGACGCCCUGGAGAAGCUGGCUGGAAUUGACAAAUCGGACCUGAGGCGCACGCGCUCCAACGCCUCAUCCAUCUGCGGCGAGGCAGGCCUGCUCCGUCACGGCAGCGUGAACAGCAACGACGGUUACAGCCUUUACCGCUACGCCAUGGAGUUCGAGGGACGCACGGUGGAGGUGGAGAAGGACCCCAACAAGAUGGACCAGCUCAGUGCAGAGAGGCAGGGCAGCCUGGGGCGGGGGCCCAGCUUCAGGUCCAUUUCAGGCGGCACCACCAAGGAGUACGGGCUGACGCUGGACGUGACGAAGCCGAGGGUCAGCAGGCAGCCGAGCUCUUGCGUGGACAUCCUCAUCUCCCCCUGUGACCAGAGCUCAGACGAUGUCAGUAAGACUGUGGAGGUUCCCACAGAUGUGUCGUCUGCCCUGGUCAAGACCGGGCCGGCAGAGACAGGCCCCACUACCCCGGAGAAAGCCGUCUACAUCUCGCUGGAGAAAUCCAAAUCCUUGAAGUUGCCUUCGCAGGAGUCCCCAAGAGUCUCUGCCUCCGCCGCAAGGAGGGCGAAGAGUUGCAUCAUCUACCAGCCAGAUGGAGAGGAGGAGGAGAAAGCGAAAGGAGGGGCGGCCGAGACGGAGAAACCUGACGACGUGCCCCCACCCUUGUACCCUCGGGGGAAAUCCAGCUCGUUCAAAUUGUUCCCGCCCGACCCACAGCAGCUAUCAAUGUCCAGCUCCAGGAUGGCCAAAAGCUGCAUCAUCUUCAACCCGAACGAGGUGGAGCAAAACGUAGCGAGAGCAGAAUCGCCGACUGUGGCGGAGCCUGGUGAAGCUUACCAUCUGGGCAAGAAACCUGACGACGUGCCCCCACCCUUGUACCCGCGAGGGAAAUCGAGCUCAUUCAAAUUGUUCCCGCCCGACCCACAGCAGCUAUCAAUGUCCAGCUCCAGGAUGGCCAAAAGCUGCAUCAUCUUCGACCCGAACGAGGUGGAGCAAAACGUAGUGAGAGCAGAAUCGCCGACUGUGGCGGAGCCUGGUGUGGCUUACCAUCUGGGCAAAUCCAAGUCGUUCAAACACCCCUCGCUGCUGCCACAGCCGAUGUCCCCCAUUGCCACCCGGAUGGCCAAAAGCUGCAUCAUCUUCGACCCGAACGAGAAGGAGCACACCGUAGCAAGAGCAGAAUCGUCUGCGGUGGCGGUGGAGAAGACCAAACUGGAGCCUGGUGUGGCUUACCCUCUGGGCAAAUCCAAGUCGUUCAAACACCCCCCCCAGCUGCCACAGCCGAUGUCCCCCACUGCAGCCCGGAAGGCCAAGAGCUGCAUCAUCUACAACCCGGCAGAACAGGGCGGAGGGGACGAUGGCAACUGGGCGAAAGACUACGGCUCUCUGGCGGAGCUGGCGGCCAACAGCUCCCCCACCAGGAGCCGGCUGAAGGCGCGCCUCGACUCCAAGGUGCACCCCGCGGGCACGGUGGCGCCGGUGGUGGCGUCUGUGGUGAGCAUGUUCGACAGCCUCGCCGGAUCUGUCGCCGUGGAGACGGAGGUGCAGGCAAAUGGAGGGCUCCAGCCACCUGGCUUCCUCAGCGUCCCUCACAGAGGAGACGUCAACGAGCCGCCACAGUCACACGGGGAGAGCCAGGCGAGCGGGCUGAUGGUGCCCUCUGGAGGACAGUCUGGCGAACAGCCAGAGCAGAGAGGCGACGGGGGAGAGGAGGCGGACGGCGAGGGCUGGAUACCCCAGCACCUGAGGUCCAAGAGCUGGAGCUCACACCCACGGAAGUCGCUGGAGGACAACAUGGGCCCCAUGGACAAGCCCCGCAGCUCCACCAGCGAGGGCAACAUCCUGAAGGCAUGUGGGGGCACCUCUGGAGAGCAGGACAAGUCCCAAGAGUAGCCACAAGGGGGAGCCAUCAAUCAGUCAAUACACAUCCUUCAUAUCAACACUACCUAGAUCAUCAGAGGACCAAACUCAGUUCUGUUUGAUGCUUCUGGCUGACCACAAGGGAUGAAAAUAGACUAAGUUGGAUCCAGGAGCUUGGCAGAGACAAAGGUAAACUGGGGAUAAAAGUAUCUAUGUCCACACACAGUGUACUAAUGCUUAUUUUCUAGCCACAAGGGGGAGAUGUCACGCAAAGCCCAGUUUCCACAGAAGAUACCAGAGGACACAAAUGCUGAUAUCCAGUGGUUGAGAGAGGACUGAUGGGCAGAUUGACUAGAGAAAACAUAAUAGAGCAGAAAAUAGGACACAGUACACUUCAGCUCUGUUGCAGUAUACUUUGAAAGACUUUGUUUGAUGACAGUGACAUUUCAUCAAAGAAUAUUAUUUAAAUGGUUUUAAACCAUAAUACUUAGCUUGUUUUUAGCUGCAUUGUUUUCAUGUUGUGAACUGGGUUUUUAUUAAACACAUCCUAAGAGGAAAUAGAAAACUGUCCAAUGUAGUAGAUAUAAGUAACUGGUUACAUUUCCAAUGAAAUGUCACUUCUUUGUUAAAAUGAAUCCAAAAUGUGCCAGCAACAUGAGGUUCAGAAAGCUAAGCCACCUCUCUCCAUGCACUCUGUUGAAGUUGAGAGGAGAAACACAAACCACAUCCUCCACAGCUUUGUUGCUGAUGAAAUGCUAGCAAACCUUAUAGUAAGCCAUGUAGAGUUACUGAGACUGAAAAUACAGUCUCUUAAGAUGUUGAAUUUCACCAAACAGUUAUGAUGAUGAUCAUGGACAUUGUGGUACUUGCAAAAUAAUAUGAGCAAUAAAGAACAUGAUUGCACACAAAA